CGACCGCGAUGGGCGUCCCGAGCCCCGCGCCAGAGCUCGAUAGAGCGCGGCGUCCGCACCUGUUGAUCGUCGACGACUCCAGGGAACCCGCUGAAGGAGUGUGGCCUCGUGAGGGUGUGGAGAGCCAGUCAGGAGUGCGCGGCAGUUCCGUGGACUACGCCGCGGCGUUGAUGCUGGCUGCCAUGGCCGCCGUGCUGCUCGCCGCCGUCGGCUACCAGUGCGCCGCCACGUGGCGCUGGCUCAUGGGCAGAACACGACGCGACUCUCAGGACAGCAACUGCGACUCCCUCUCGCGACAAGCGGCGAUCCGCAUCAGCCACUCCCUGCCAGACCUGCAGACGGAGCCGCUCAAACAGGAGUACGUGCAGGAACACAAGGAUGCCGGGAAGAAGGUGCUCCGUCAAACGACUCUGCCGAUCGUGCCGGACCGUCACCAGACGUUCCAACGCCAGUUGUCUCACCGCCUGGAGCUGCCCUCGAUCCAGUUCAGCAUAUGCAGCCUCGAGCGAGCUGACUCCUCCAUUGGCCUUAUUAAGCCGGAGCUGUACAAGAACGAGCUGGUCCGUCAAUCUUCUACUGACAGCGGUGAGCUGGAGUUCUGCGGGAAGCUGCACUUCGCUCUCAAGUACGAUCAGGAAGUUGAGGCGCUUGUUGUGAAGAUAUUCGAAGCCCGUGACUUGCCAAUCAAGGACGUGUCGGGAAGCAGCGACCCCUACAUCAAGGUAUUCCUGCUGCCAGACCGCAAGAAGAAGUUCCAGACCAAAGUCCACCGCAAGAACCUCAACCCGGUCUUCAACGAAACGUUCUUAUUCAGUGUACCCUACGAGGAGCUCCGGCAACGCUAUCUCCAGUUUUCGGUGUAUGACUUCGACCGGUUCAGCCGACACGACCUCAUCGGACACGUGGUGCUCAAGGGUUUGCUGGAGUCCGCUGAUCUGCAGCAGGAGAUAGAGUAUACUAUGAACAUACUGGCGCCGCCCCAGGAGAAGAAGGAUCUCGGCGAGUUGAUGCUGUCACUUUGCUACCUGCCGACUGCCGGAAGGCUGACCGUCACUGUGAUCAAAGGGAGAAAUCUCAAGGCGAUGGACAUCAAUGGCUCGUCAGAUCCGUACGUGAAGAUCUGUCUCAACUGUCAAGGCAAACGUAUCAAGAAGAAGAAGACUACGGUUAAGAAGAAUACUCUAAGCCCGGUGUAUAACGAAGCUCUAGUAUUCGACUUGCCCGCUGAGAAUGUAUACGAUGUCACGCUACUCGUCAAAGUUAUCGAUUAUGACCUGAUCGGCCCUAAUGAACUCAUCGGCUGCACGGCGAUCGGUUCGUCCCUGAUCGGCAUCGGUCGCGACCACUGGCUGGAGAUGUUGGACAACGCGCGCAAGCCGGUCGCGCAGUGGUACCCGCUCAACAAGAGCCCCCCAUCCAACAUCAACCUGCCCGCGACGGAGCAGCACCAACAGAACGCACCGCUGAAUUGCUUGAACGGAAGAUGAAGAGACUCUAAGAAAAUUGAUGGGUGAGCAUCAAUUUCAAGUUUCAAGGAAAGGAAUGUAGUCUCGAGAUGCCAAAGGUAGCUGAUAUAUAGAAGAUAUAUUAUUGUAUGUCCAUUUACUGUAGAGUUGUUACUUAAAGAGUUGUAAGGAAGUAGAAAAAUAUAUUAUUAUAACAGUUAGUUACGUUGAUGUCAUUGAUGUAAUAUAAAAAUAGAAAAAAAAAACAAGUGUCCAAUAUACGAGUUAUCAUUGUAGCACAUUGUAAUCCAGAAUUAUAUCGUUUGAUCAAUUAUUGUCAAUGGUUGUAGUUGUUAAAACAGUCAACAUAGAUUUUAGCAGUCGUAGAUGAGAUGAGUUUCAAUAG